GUUCUGUAACUUUGUAUUAAAACUUUCGGCAGAGUUUCGUCCUUUAGAUAACUGGACAGAGCAGCAGCCAGGAACGUCUUGAGCUCUCCGCGUGCCCUCGGUGCCAACCCAGCCAGACAUGCCCUCCGACUACAUGACGCCCUUCAUGGCGUUAGACGACAACUUUUGCAAGAACUUCUUAAACUUGAAGCUCACGGAGGCUGAACAGCAGGUGACCCCAAAGCCAGUGGGCUUCCAGCGACGUCACUCCACCUCUCCAGUCACCCUGGCCAACUCCAAGUUCAACAGUGGGAGUGCUGACCACCUGAACGAGCCGUCCUGCUGGUCAAUGCAGGGCAAUGUGCAUCGCUGGACGCAGGAGCCCCGACAGCAGCUCCCCCGGUCCUGCCUGAACCACAUCCCCUUCCGAGUGGACCGUUCGGUCAGCAUGAUCGAGAACCAGGUUGGCAGUUUCAGCAACACAGGCCAGGUGGCACCCACCACCCUGGCGCCCCCUCCCGGGCUGUCCGUCAGUACCAGUUCUUUGGGGUCCAGCUCGCCUAAAUCCGCCAGCCCCAUCACGGCCAGCAUGUCGUCCCGUUACAAGACAGAGCUGUGCCGCACCUUUGAGGAAAGCGGCGCCUGCAAAUACGGUGCCAAGUGCCAGUUUGCCCACGGCCUUGAGGAGCUGCGGGGCCUGAGCCGCCACCCCAAGUACAAGACGGAACCGUGCCGCACCUUCCACACCAUCGGCUUCUGCCCCUACGGCGCCCGCUGCCACUUCAUCCACAACGCCGAGGAGCAGCGCCCGCGUCCAGCCCUGCCCUCUCAGCCCAGAGAGCGGCCGCUGCUCAUGCGCCAGAGCGUCAGCUUCGCCGGCUUCACGUCCUCGUCCCUCUCUGGCUUCCAGAACUUGCAGGAGCCCCUGACCUUCUCCCGUGCGUCUUCUGUGUCACCCCCUCCGUCCACCAGCAGUCCCGAGAUGCUCUCACCUGUCUUCCCCGAGCCGGGCACCCUGAAGCACGGGUUCGGCCUCUGCGGGGACCUGAGCGACGAGCGGGCUCACUUGGGCUCCGGGUGCCGCUGCUGCCCACCACCUCCAACCUACCGGAGUGCCUUCGCCUUGGGUGGUCUGCUGCAGAGGAGCACCUCGGCCGACUCGCUGUCCGACCAGGAGGGCUACACCAGCUCCAGCAGCCUGAGUGGCUCCGAGUCACCCAGUUUUGAGGGGCGCCGGCUGCCCAUCUUCAGCAGGCUGUCAGUGUCGGAUGACUGAGCUGCCCGUGUUGGGCAGGAAAGCCCUUUUCUGGAAUUUUCUGUGCCUGCCCCUGCCCUUUCCAAGCCUUGAACAGAAGGGCAGCUGGCCCCACUGGACGGCCACACUGGAGGGGGCCUGUUUUAGGAGUGCGGGUCGUGGUGGCCCGUCCACCUGGAAUGUGAUUUGUAGUCUCGUUUCGAUGCUGAAAUGUGUGAAGCUUUAGACGAGGACGGGCCGAGGUGCCACCCUGGAGUCGACAUCUGGGGGGGGGGCCCUGCCCAUCAUCCUCCAGUGCUUAUUUAUUUUGAAUGUCGUUCCCCAAGUGCGUCCGACUGUAGCUUUAUCGCCGAUUGUGUGACAAUGAAAGGCUUUACGGGUGACUGCGCCCCAUCCGGGCGCUCCGCAGGGUCACCUGGCAUUCCCAAAUCUUCCAAUGGAUUGAAUGAAACGCCAAAGUUUGGUGCGAAUUGACGGGCACUGGUGUGCCUCAGCUGACCACAUUGGUCACCCUGGAGAGAAUGUGACACGCCGGAGAGCUUUUGUGUUCUUGUUAACUUAACGGACUUUUUAUUUAUUCUUCCUCGGAUUGCUGGCCUCGAGUUUUGCUUUUCCUUUUUUAUUUAAAGUCGUUGUUUACAGUUCCAUGUUUUUUAUCCUAAUAUAUUUUAUUUUGUCAACCUUUUGUUUUGUUAAUAAAAUUUGAAUUUCCAAA